GUCAACUACGCAUACAUCAUAGUGUAGUGGAAACCCAUCCGGUAUCAGUAUUGCUACUAUAGAUUCAUAUAGGACAUCAAAAUCAUGGGUGAGGUUGGAACCAUCAAACUCAGCGAAUAUGUCAAACCCAACGUCAGCGAGUACAAGGUUGUCAAUUUGAUUCAAACUCUCUAUGGACUGCAAACCCAGAAAGUCAAAGAACUCAAUGGUUUUGACGAUCAAAACUUUUGGUUUAAGCCAGUCUCUGUAGAGGGGAAUCCAUAUUUAGCCUCUCUUUGGGAACAUGGAUAUGUUCUCAAAAUCGCCAACAGCAAAGAUUCUCAAGACAGUGCACUAUUCGACGCCCAAAAAGAAUUGAUGUUUCAUUUUCAUAGAGAUGGAUUUGAAGUUUCAUUGCCUAUUCUUAAUAAGCGUGGACAAUACAACAGCUUGGAGGAGUUAAAGUUUUUGUCUACUGAUGAUGAUUUGGAAGAGAAGCCGAUGGGUCGAAACAUGAUCAGGGUACUUAGAUUCAUUCCCGGAAAGACGUUAUAUGAAAUUGAUCCUUGGACUGUGGAUAAUUUCUUUCAAUGCGGACAAUAUGUAGGUCGAAUGGAUCAAUCACUGAAGUCGUUCCACCAUUCCGCUUACGACACUCGAUAUUUGAGUUGGUCUCUUACCAAUGUUCCCAAAUUAAGUUCAGUUUUGCACGUUGUGGAGGACCCUGACCGCGUCACCUUAAUGACUGAUAUCAUUGAAACAUUCAAGCGAGAAGUUCUUCCCCGUUUACCAGAACUGGAAGAGGGUAUUAUCCAUGGGGAUGUAAACGAUCAUAACAUUGUGGUCAAACAACGAUCAGAUAACCCUCUUCAAUAUGACAUAGUAUCUGUCAUCGAUUUCGGCGACUCUCAAAAGAAUCCCCUUCUAUUUGAAUUGGCAAUCACAAUUAUGUAUAUGAUGCUUAAACAUUCAGCAGUUCAUCCCAAUCAAACGGGUGGACAUGUCAUAGCUGGCUACAUAAAGCAUCGAAAAAUUCCAAGAUUGGAGAUGGAUCUUUUGAGGACUUGCAUAGCAAGCAGAUUUGCUCAAGCUUUGAUUUUGGGAGCCUAUUCAUAUCGACAAAAUCCUACCAAUGAAUACUUAUUAUUGUCGGCUAAGACCGGCUGGAAAGUUGUUGAAGAAUUUUGGUGUUUUCCGAAGGAACAAUUGAUGAAAGAUUGGCAGCAAAUUGUUUCUGAGUAUCAAAAUUGAACUUGAAUUUUUGCAAUUUUUUCACCGACAAAAGUGACCAAUGACAUCCAAGCUUUUGAAACUUUUAUUUGUUGCGCGUACUUGAUACUAGCUGGCAACAAGUUAUGCUUCAGUUGCGAGGUCCGAAGCCAAAAUAUAUUUUUAUGAAGUAUUCAAGAAAUUUUCAAUUUCAAACUGUUUUUUGCUUGUGUUUCUCCUUGUGUCUUGCAAUUUUCUAAAGCUUUUUACGACACUAUUUUAUGCACAAAAAAGACUUUUCAAGUUUCAAGAUUUUGCUUUCCAUUUUGAAUGGUUUGGGGAUAAGUACUGAAGUAGCAAGUAAGUAAAAUUCAGAAUGCAAUACUUUGUUGUGAAAUCUAUUCUUAAAACUGCAGAUUUGUAACCAAAAUGGGGAAUGUUUACAUUCCACGAAUACAAUAAUUUAAGAAAUAAAUCUAUUGGAAAAAGAGUUUGUCUGUUUCGAACAGUUCAUUUUGUUCUGCUUCAAUCGCUAUGGAACAACUUUGGUAUGUGGAAGGAACUAUACCAUGAAAUA